CAGAAACUUUAUCAAUUUCUCAUGGUCUUGAAUGAUUCCUAUUCGCAAGCACGCAGCCAAAUACUUAUGAUGAAGCCAGUACCAUUUCUGAAUCAAGCUUAUGCUAUGCUAGUUAGUGAUGAAAGUCAAAGAGCUGUAGCAGCCACAUCUGGCAUUCCAGGUCCUCUACCUAAUGAAUAUGCUAGUCACUAUGAAUCUAUAGCAUUUUCUAGUUCUAAACCAACUAUAGAUCAGAAAUUCAGGAAAAAUUAUAACAUACAAUGUGAGUUUUGCAAGCUUAAGAAACAUAGCAAAGAGAAUUGGAUCAUUGGCUAUCCACCUGACUACAAAUACAAGAAGGAAGGGGGAGCACCUACCACUGUCAGUAAUGCUUACAAUGUGUUUUCUGAAACUACUAAUGUUGUAAAGAAUUCCACACCUCAAAUGUGUGUGACUACAUGCUGCAUUCCAGAAGCAUCUCACCUUCACCUUACAGAGGGCAAUACUACAGGCAAUGCUGCAGCUUCAUCUGCAUCAAUGAAUCAGGAAUUUACACAGGCUCUAUUAACUCUUACUAGGGAUCAGUAUGAUCAAAUACUUCAGUUUCUCAACAAGGAAUCCAGCUCUUCAUCUACUGCCAAUGUUGCAGGAUCUCUUCAGUGUGAGGGUGAAGGCGAUUGGUAGAGAAGAUAAAGGUCUUUACAUAUUACCCUCUUGGAACUCAUUAACUGUCAACAAGCAUGCUGCAGAAACAUCACUAGCAGCCACACAGAAUGAGGAUAUACUCUCUAAGAGAACACCUACAUAUGUGGAUUGGCACAAAAGACUUGGUCAUGUGUCUUCCUCAGUCCUAAACAAACUAUUUUCAAUAAAAUAGGAAAGCUGUAUUUCUAUUGUAAAAAACUGCUCUGUUUGUCCAUGUGCUCGAUUGACUAUACUACAUUUUCCCAGCAGUACAAAUAAAAGUGUAGCUUCCUUUUA